AUGAAUGCUAUUGUAUUGACGUUCGAUACCUGUCAUAUAUUAACAACAAUAUCUGCCUUUACAACCCAACCCCCGAACUGGCCUUCACCUGCUAACGGUGACAUUCCAACAUGAAUGCUUAAAAUUGUUAACCAAAUGUCUGAACUAUCUGGCCGCUGGCAACAGCAGAAGCAAACGGCCAAAUAGGUGAAAACCUGUGUGUCACUGUCUUAUUAUACUGAGACCUGCGAGUCUCCUGUAUACCUUCACUGUAAUAAUGUUCUACUGUAACUGUAAUUACAACUCUAUGCCUUAAUAAAGCCUUGAAAUGAAAAAAAAGUAGCCUGGCACCAUUUUGGAUAAUAAAGAAAAUAACUAUCAAAGUGCAAAUGUAAAACUUGUAUUUGAGUAAAAGUCUAAAAUAAAAUGCAAAACUUCAGGCUUAUCUUGAUUUAUAUGGUUUGCGUUUUGAACAGCUAAAAACACUUCUAUAUAGAUUUGACAUAUAGGCAGGUUUUUCCCCAACCACUGAAAUUCUGUCAUAAUGCAUUUAAUACAUAUCCAGGGCUAUUCACUAAAAUGGCUUCACAAUAGCAAAACUGGAAUAAUUCUCCAAUGCAUCUACACUCAGUCACUUUGGACUCAAGGGAAUAGACGGUGUUAAGGGCCCUGCUCCAAUAAGCUUACAUUCUAGGGGGAGAAAGGCAACGUGACACAAGAGGUAAGAAUAGGAUGUAUUGCAUGUAUGGGGGAAAAGUAUUUUGUUAAUAUAUAUAUUUUUAAAUAUGAUGGCAGUGGCAGGAGAGGAAGCAAGGUGGGUUAUCAAGGUGUGAAAAGGGAAAGCUGUUAAGUUUCAUUGAUAUGCUAUCCUGAAGUGAAAUUUUCUUUUUUUAAUUUAUUUUCCGCAGCCCCCAUUAAUUCCUUCCAGUACACUUGCGGUCAAACUGCUAUAAGUUUGCUUGUUAAAAAUGACCCUUUGGCAAUUGGACUAAAUUUGGAUCCUUCAAAACUGCAUCUUGGUACAUGCGUGGCCUCUAGUACUACAGAUCCCAAAGGAAACCUGGCGUUCAAUUACAAAUUCACGGAUUGCAGUUUCACUGUUCUGGUAUGUCUAAUCUGUGCCACAUAGUGAGUUUCUUCCCUGGUCAGUGUGUACUUUGUGUGGGCAUUUGGUUUUUUUCUUGUCCCUUCCCUAAAUUUGUUGUUGGAGUCCUUUGUGCAAUACCAUUUUAAUUUUAUUUCUGGAUUAGAGAUGUCGCGAACUGUUCGCAAACUGUCCGCCGGCAAACAAUAGUGUGUUCGCGUUGGGCGAACAUAUCCGGUUUCCGGUCCACCCCCUAUACGUCAUCAUUGAGUAAACUUUGACCCAGAACCUCACAGUCAGCAGACACUUCCUGGGAGGGAGGGUCUGCUGCUGAUUGGGUGGCAUGUAUCUGCUGGCUGUGAGGUUCCGGGUCAAAGUUUACUCAAUGAUGACGUAUAGGGGGCGGACCGGAAACCGGAUAUGUUCGCCCAACGCGAACACGCUAUUGUUCGCCGGCGGACAGUUCGCGACAUCUCUAAUUUGGAUUUUGACCCUAAAGUGGAAAUGCCUGAUCAGACUUUUUUUAUUUAUUUUCUCUUUUGGCAUAUUUAGCUUUCAUUAUAAUUUGUACCCAUAAUUUGAAGAGCCAUUAGUUGUGUUCAUAUGUUUGUUACCAAAACUGUUUAAUUUUCCCCAGAAACAAAAGUGCCUCAUUACUUGUAAAUAUUAAUUUCUCAGCAGACUAUGGCUUGGCACUUUUUAUGUCUUUGCUUACUCUGUUUUUUCUGAAUGGAAUGACUUAAUCUCUUCUCUCUGCAGACUUAUGGAAAUAAUGUAAAGUAUUCCGCAGAUUUGAUCUAUAAGCCCUCAGACACCAGCAUCAACCAGUACUCUAGUAACUCAGCCAGCAAUUACCCUCUGGAAUUUACAGAAUCGGUUACGUGUAUUUUAACCAGGUGAUGUAGUGUCAGAAUAUCUACAGACAAUGAGUCUAUCAAUAGGAUAAUGAGAAUUAUCCAGAUUACAGUAAAAAAUUGUUUGCAUACUUCCCAAUAUAGGAAGACAUGAAGUCUGACUAGGGGGACAAGCAUCUGGUGAGCAUGCCAGUGAUGAGGCUUGUCACUGGUAAUGUCUAAAGAGCUUGGCCCGGCAUAAUCGGCUUGGCACUCCCUUUUCUAGUUAGUCUUUUUACUGGACAAUAACCUUUAACGACCUAUCUUGCUUUGUAUGUUUGUAGCCCAGGGGUAGGCAACCUACGGCACUCAAGGCUGCCAGAGCCAAACAGGCUCUGGCCUAUCAGAAGUCCCAGUGAAACUUCAGAUAUCUGCUAAUACAAAAAGGUGGUGAAGCACAAUCCUCAAUUUAUGCAUUGCAGCACAUAGAGUAAGUUAUCUCAGAUCACUUCCUCCCAGCACUUGUGAAUGAGAAUCAACACUGUAGUAGAGCAGCCGCUGUUGCAGCUCCUGUCCUUGACCUGUACCUGGAACCCAGGGAAGCAGUGGCGUACACACAACUCAUGGGGCCCUGGUGCGAAAACUCAUCUGGGGCCCCCCCACGCGCUUACUCUGUGCCGGCUUGGGCCGCAACAUAUGGUGGCGGGCACCUGGUCGCAGGGCUGCAAACCCCUGCGACUGUGGUAUGUACGCCAGUGCAUGCAGAUACACAUACUUAAAGGACCACUACAGACACCCAGAUCACAUCAGCUCAAUUAAGUUGUCUGGGUGCUAGGUCCCUCUAGUUCUAACCCUGCAGCUGAAAACAUAGCAGUUUCAGAGAAACUGCUAUGUUUCACUGUGGGUUAAUCCAGCCUCUAGUGGCUGUCUCAUUGACAGCCGCUAGAGGAGCUUCCGCGAUUCUCACUGUGAAAAUCAGUGAGACGCUGCUGAACAGCCAUAGGAAAGCACUGAGUAAUGCUUUCCUAUGGGCGGUUUGAAUGCUCAUGUGCAUUUGGAGCUGAGAGGCGGAUCGGGGCGGAGAGAUCCCCAGCGCCAAGGGAGUCCAGCGCUGGAGAAAGCGAAGUGCUUAAGACACACACACACACACACACACACACACACACACACACACACUCUCUCACGAACAGACGCAUACACACUAGCUAAGACACACACACUCUCAUGAACAAACACACAUUUACUGACACACUCAGUGACAGACAUACAUACACACACUUACAAAACACACAAUCACUAACAGACGCACACAAACUAACACUCAGUAACUGACACACUCUCUGAAGAGCUGAAGAGGAAGCACUCCCUCGCGCGCCCACCAGCCAGAUAGUCCGCUGGGUGACACCAGGGCCAGCCUCGGGGGGCCCUGAGGUGGCUGGCUCCUGGGCCCCCCAGGAGAAGAGGCUGGCCACAGUGGCAGGGAGGCCGGGCCCGGUCGCAGCCGUGACCCCUGCAACCAUGGUAUGGACACCACUGCAGGGAAGCCACCCACACUGCUAGAUACACACAGAGCUGCAGAAUAACCCUCCCCUCAUACAAAUACGAACAGCCCGCAAACAUACAUACAUACAAUCCGCACAAACGUAACCCGCGAACAAUCCACAUACAUGCACACAACCUCACAUGCAAUAACCCAAACAGCUCCCACACAUACACACAAUGUGACAUAUCCAUCCACACACAAUUCCACAAGCAGCCCCCAUACACAGCCCAUUCAUAUGUAUCAUACACGAUACCACAAACUACUCCUGAACAUAUACAACAUAGCUUAUACUCACAAAUAUGAUGCAUAGCAAUUACAGGAUAAAUAACACUAGCAGAAUACAGCAGCAUACAAACCUUGCUUUAAAAAAAAAAUAGGACCAGCACUCUACGGGACAUCACAAUCCUAUAUUGGCACAGUGCUGCUAAAAGGUUGCCUACCCAUCAACUUUAUUUUUCACUGCAUAUACCCAUUGACCCCCCCACUGAACAUUUACUGUCUGGUAAAGUAAUCAAAGUGAAUGUGUCCUUUUCUUGACUGCUGACCCAAAUACCAUACCCGUUACCCCCAAUAAUGACAUGACACCUGAUUGGGUAAGGGCAACGGCCACAGCUUUAUUAAACUUUAACAUCGCCAGCAUUUCCACCUGUCAGCUGUUGGGGUGACUACCCAACAGACAGAUACUCCAAGUCUUUAUCCAGAGUUCGUACAGCCUGCCUUCGGCCAUCCGCCCUAGCAGGCUGCGACUCCCCAAAUCCUUUCCGUGCAUUACGUGUGCUGGCCAGGAACUCCACCACCACAUUGCCGGCCCUCCCUCUCCUUUUCCGGCAUUGCGCCCCCCGCAGACAGCGCCUUUUCUAUACCCGAUUGCAGACCCGCAUUAAAAAUGUCCAAUCAGAUUUGGUUCAGGUGCACUCCGUCAGCCCUCAUCAAAUUCCAAUUGUCCCCCUCCAGCUCAACAUACCGGACCGCCACGCCACCAAGCUGCUGCACAAACCGAGAGACCGUCAUGUUGAGCUUACACUUGCUCCGCUCCAGACCCUUGGCAUGCGACAAGACCUGCCAGCGAGGACGGGGAACAAUCUCCGACCAAAUCAGAAUACAGGCUGUGAAUAGAGCCAAACACCGGGCCAAGUCGUGUUUGACAGAGUGCAUCAGAUCCACCGAUCUAACCCUCCCUAAAUCAUUACCCCCCGCAUGAAUCAAAAUUGUAACAGGACCUGACACGAACCUGCUAAGGGCCACGCACUCCGGAUAGACUUGCCUCCAGGACAGACCUCGAACACCGCUCCAGCGUACCAUCGCUAUGUCUGAGGAGAUCCCUAGGUUCCGUCUGUAGGAGCGAGACUGAGCCCGUUGAGCUGCCCAAUAAAUAAACGAAUGCCCCAAGAUCCAAACAUAACGGGGAACACAGCCUGAAACAAAUUAUAACAGAUGCAGUCAGACAUACAGUUGAUAUCUCCUAGAAGCCCAUCUGCCUAAUCACUGCACCACUGAACCUGCCAAACCCAUACCGCUAGCCUGAGUGGCGGCCCCGAUUCUGAAAGAAUGAGGCGAGAAACCGGAAGGAUCUUGACCGCAGUCCACCAAGGCUCUCCCCAACACCGAUGCGAACUGAAAGCGUAAGCGGGGACCCAUCCGCAUGCACCAACAGCGAGGCCGACGCCUGCCGACUCUCCAUAUACUGGUGGAAGAGCCGGACAGGACAAUACUCACCCCAGAGCUCCCCACCCUGAGCCAUGCACCAACACCUUCUUGUUCUGUCUUGGAUCUGCGAAUAUGCAGGUCCACAAACCCAUCUGCCCAACGCACAUCUGACAGCAAGAGAGGAGAAACUGACCGGCGAUUGGGGGCGGCAAGCUCCCCCACCCACAACGCACCGAAGAAACACAGCACAAAAUUGACCUGAAACAGCCGACACUCAGAGACUGAGCCACAGACCCUCGGUAACGCCCCCAACAACUGCCACAACAGGUCCACUGAAAUCGGCCUCCGCCGGUCCGGACGCCUCCAACUCCUCCAACCGCGCAGAACCCGUUGCAGGCAAAACUCCUUCGUUAUGUCCCGCCAGCCUAAAAAGCGAAACAAAAAUGACAGAGCCGACAGCUCUCAGCCGAGGCACAUGAUUGCCCUUGCUCCAGGAGCCUAUUCAUGUAGCACAACGUUACUGAGAACCGGACUGACUCGAUGACAUUUGAUCAGACCCAUCCACACAAGACAACCAACCUACCCAUACCGACCUGUACGCCUUCUACAUAGCAGCCGACAAUGAUUCCGAUACCAAGGACAUCAGCCCUCUGAAACCAGGUCCCAUAAAUAUGCCGGACAGCAAAGACCCUCCUGUUCUGCUCCCGGCGCCAACUCCCGAAAACGGUCCCACUGAAACAGCCACCACAUUCAAAACCCCGGGAACAUGCCGAGCCUGCAACCACACAUUAAGAUGCAAGCUAAGCAGCACUAGGUGACGCAAGAGGGCCAAUACUGGAGGAGACGCAGACGAUGAUCGGUUAAUCACAUGGACCACACGUUAUCAGUGUGAAAAACCACCACUCGGUUCCACAAUUCGUCCCCCCAAAGUGCUAGCGCCACCACUAUGGGGAACAGUUCCAAGAACGUGAGGUUCUGCAUCACCUCCAGCUCCCGCCAUGCCGACGGCCAAGCAGACACACACCACUUGCCCUGAAAGAAAGCCCCAAACCCUACCGACCCUGAUGCAUCCGUAUAGAGUUAGAGUUCUGCAUUGGGAACCGCUUCCCGCAACCAGCAUGAUCGGCCGUUAUACUUGCCCAGGAAGGCACUCCAUGCUCCAAAGCCGCCUGCUGCCCGCUGGUCCUGGCCUCCGCUACACCUCUACGCACCGGACUGGGGGGAAGGAGGCCUAGAACGCCUCUGCCUCCUCCCGUGGGCCAGAGAAGGGGUCUCUGCCACCGGCUGCUCCGCGUCCAUCCGGGCCUGGGGAAGGUCAGCCAUUAUACGCCAGAGAACCGGACCCAUGAGACGACAGGUAGGCCUGCAGCACCCCCAGCAAAGCCUCCCUUGACAAAUCCACCAUCUUGCAGGGAAGGCCUGGCUUGCAACUAAAUUUUUUUUUUUAAACAGCAGAAGGCAAAUGGCUAAAGGGCUCUGAAACUGUUCCAGACUGCUCCUUCUGCUCUGGUGAGUACCCUCCUUUCUGCUUUCCUUCUUAUAUCCCCCCAUCUUGCAACUAUGUAUCUCUAAUACUCCCGCCCCGUUACUGAAAGACAGCAGUCAUGCCUCCCCUUCCUUGCAGUCCAGGGGAUAUCUUUCAGUGAAUCUUUCCCCUAUUUCCUCAUAGCAUUAAGCAAAUUGUGACUGAGGUGAACUUAUAGCAUCUGUAAAGGUUUGUGGUACAUCAAACACCUUGUAACAGUAAUAUUUGUUAGUAACUGAUCAUCGCAUUCAAAAUCUGAAACCUAGUCCUCCAAGUACGGAGUUUUUCCUCUUAUACAGUAAUAUGUACUAUGGUCAUUACCUGCCUGACCAUUGUUCUCAUUUCCUAAAGCUUCUAUUUCAGAAAUUUGCUUCAUCUCAGGACACUCAAUUCCAGUCUCACUGGUUUUUGGUAUAAGGGGGCAUCGCAAUCCUCAUCUAACAAAUUAGUCUGAGUCUUUCAAAAAUUCCUUUUGUUAUAAACUUCACAAGCCUGUGUUUAAGAACCUUCAUUUUGAAUGUGAUGACCAUUUACUACCAAACAUUGAUUACUGGUACAAGGUGUUUGAUAUAGCAUCUUUAAAGGUUUGUGGUACAAGUUCACCUCAGUCAAAAUAUUUGCUUAACGCUAUGACAGAGGAAAAAGAUUCACUGAGGAAAAUGACACAUUCACUUUGACUACUUUACUAGACGGUAAACAUUCAGUGGGGGUCGAUGGGUGUAUGCAGUGAAAAACAAUGAUGGGCUAGAAACAUACAAAGCCAGAUAUGUCACUAAAGGUUAUAGUAUAGUAAAGUAAUGGCAAUUGAUUACAAGAAAGUUUUUUUAUUUUUUUAUUUAUUUUUUUGGGGGGGGGGGGUUUCCCUCAAACUGUAAACGUUACAUCAAGAUGUAUUUUUAUGCAAAUUGCAGAACAUUAUGAUUUACUUCACCAGAUGGAUGUAAAAACAGCCUAUUUACAUGCCCCAAUUUACUGUGAGGUUUAUGUAGAACAACCAGAGAUUUGAGGUAAAGUCCAAGCAAAAUGAGAAACUAGUUUUAAAAUUGAACAAGUCAUUGUACGGUUUCAAACAAUCAGGUAGGAAUUGGAACAAGAUGCUGCAUGAUCAUUUAAAUGAGAAUGGGUUUGAACAAAAUCCAACCGACCACUGUGUAUGUCAAACAAUGUGGACAUGAGAGAAAUACUGUUAAUAUGGGUUGAUCUCAUUAUCGGCACCAGGGAAGAAACCAUUCUCAAUGAUGUGAAGAAAAUGCUUACAGCAAAAUUUAAGAUGAAAGAUCUUGGAAGGAUCAAACGCUUCCUAGGUAUUCAUUUUGAACAAAGUGAUGGUUUGGUAAAGAUGAAUCAAAAGAUACAUAUCAAAGAUUCUGGAGAAGUUUGGAAUGACAGAUUGUAAACCCAGAUCAACACCAUGUGAACAAAAACUGGACCAUGGUGAUCAUAAUGAUCCUGUAGAUACAAAACGAUAUUGAUAAGUAGUAGGUAGCUUGUUGUAUGCAGUGACCAGUUCAAGACCAGAUUUAAGCUGGGUGAUCAGUAAACUGUCACAGUGCUUGUCAGAACCAACAGAACAGCAUUAAACCACCGCUAAGCACGUGAUGAGAUACUUAUAACAUACUAUUGACUAUGAGUUGUGCUACAGAAAGUGCAGUGAAAACUUGGAGUAACAACAAACUUUAUCUGCACACUUUUCUUUUAACAAUACAAUGUAUACCAAUUGUACGAUGGAAUUCCUGACUGCAACACUAAGGUGUUCCUCUGAUAGAUGCUUGCACACCUGCACACAGUGGCUUUAUUAUGUAGCCCAUCAGAGUGGAGAUACUGGCUUUGGUACUUAGACCUCUCAUAUAUUGAAGGUAGAAUGACUGGAAGAGCCAAAGACUGGUCAUGAGAUGGAAACGUUGUGUUGGGGUUAUGAUCUUAUUUUCUUUCACCCUCACAUUUCUGUGCUCAUGGGGGUCGGUGCUUGUAAACAAAGUUCUUAUGAUAUACUAUGACCAAGUCCUUUAUCAUAAUUCCUUAUGGUGACACUAGUGUUUACAAUUUAACAUAACUUUGUAAUUCUCUAUUGCUUAUUUGCUGGAUUUUGUUGGCAAAUUGGAUCUGACUGCAUGUUAUGUGAAAUUCCAUUUUCUUUUUUCUCUUUUGAAAAACCGAUAUAACUGGGGGUUGGGAGGGGGGGGAAUAAAGAUUUUUUUUUUUGACUUACCCACACCACAAACACUUUAUUUUUCUUGGCAAUCUGGUCCCUUUUAAUGCAUUUUAAAUGUAAAAAUCCCUAUUUAGUGACUUGAUGCUUAAUAAAUCCACCUGUAACCUUUAUUACUUUAGAUCUCUGAACCCCACUGUGCCCCCUGAUGUUCCUGUGGUAGCCCAGCUGUCAGGAGAAGGCAUCCUUGAAUUCUCAGCCCACAUAAUGAAUGGUAUAGUUAUUUCUGUAAAACGUGCUAUAAAUUUAGUUCCUGCAUGUAAUGAAAAUUUUGAAAUGUAUUCGAUUUGAACAAUUUGCAGCUUAGAUCAGGGACACUUGUACAUGUAACGUAACAUAGGAAAUUCUCUCCAUAGAUGAUUUUUCCAGACCUUCUGACCAUAAAGAUUUUGCCCUGGGCUCCUCAAUAUCGGUGGAGUUGUCUGUAGUCACUGGCCAGCAUCAACCUCUGGUGAUUUAUGUGGAUGAAUGCACAGCAGCCACAACAGAGUCUCUUAAAGCUGCCACCCAAACUUAUAGUCUCAUCCAAAACCACGGGUAAUGUAUGGCAUGAAUUUAACAUCCCUAAUGUCUUGGCAAUUUUUACAGUUCCUGUUGAAAAACUGUAUUUCUAACACAAUAGUGUUCAUCUGCCUCCCAGGGCUGGUGCAAGGAUUUUUGCCACCCUAGGCAAAGCUUCAUUUUGCCGCCUCAUUGGUGCUGCCCUUGACUCCGUCCCCCCUGUAGCGUGUGGAUGUAGUGUACAUGUAUAGGGGUUGUAGUGUUUAAUGGAUCUAGUGUGUUUAUGGUGAAUGCAGAUUGUAUGUUUGUGUAGUGGAUGCAGAGUGUAUAGUGCAAGGAGGUACCUGAUGUGUCUGGAUGAGAUGAGAGGAAGCGAUGCAACAUAGCAUGUGGUGAGAAGGGGCCCAGCCAGCACCAUCUUGUCUUUCCAGCUGCUUCUCACUGCAACUCCUGCGAGAAUGGCCUGCAUUGCCAUAUUAACCCAUGCUUGCACAGUGUGUAGAUAUAUUAUUAAAUAAGGAAAGUGGCUUGAAGACCAUUUUGAACUCAUUGCAGUUGGAAAGCUAAAGACCUAAACAGGGAUAGAGGUAGUGAAUAUGAUUAUAGAGAUGCCUGUCUGUAUUGAUUCUGAAUGGAGUUGUGAUCUGAAUUUCUAGGGAAUGUCAGAGAGUGGCUUUAUCAAUAGUAGGAUGUAGAAGAACAUUAUUAGAAGUAUUAUUGUAGAAAUGGAGGAAAAGGAGAGAUUCAAUAUUAUUGGAGGAUUAUGUUGUCGUAGUGAGGUCCACGGGCACACGUGGCUCAAGAGAAGUAGAUUAUGAAAUAUUACUAUAUGAACCUGGUUUAGACACUUUGAGGAAUACAACAUUUUUAGUGUGCUAUUCCGGUUCUGAGUAGAUAUACAAAUCUUGUUCAGAUGAGGCAACGUUGGAGUCUCUCUCCCCAUCUCACCUUUCUUGAUGGCCACUCUGUAACUUCCUUAGCUAGUAUGCACCCACCUGUAGCCAUAAUUCCCCCCCCAACAUAAUCAUUCAUACCCACUUACUCAGAAAUCCUCUUGCUUCCUUUCUUUAACACUCACCAUGCCACCUAUAUUCCCAACCUCCACACCUACAAUGCCUUCCCUCAUUCCACACCCACCAAAUAUCUGCCACUCCCAGUAUCCUUAGAUUAUUCAGUGGAGAGUGGAUUUUCUUUGGUCUCAUGCCCCAAGUAUUUUUUUUAGGCACCUAGAAACACCCCUGGUAGCCAACAUUCAAACAAUACAAUAUUUAGAUCAUCCGUACAAUGAACAGGGUGCAUGCAAUGUGAUUUUGCUACCAGGCAAAUCAGUGGUUAGGGCUCAUAUUCCCUUGUCUGAUCAGCACACAUUUUUAAUGUGCCUUCUCCCCCAUUCCCCCCAUAACAGUACGUAAAAUAAUUACCCAGUAGUACUGGUUAGUGUACAUUAUGAAAUCUCUCGGUAGCUACAUGGCUAUAGUAGCCAUGGUACCUACCAGACUGCGGGCAUCUUGACUGUGCCUGGCUGCUGUCACUCUCCUUGUCUCAGCCUCACUUCCUGAUAUGCUCCCGCCCCAUGUCUCCCAGUACAGAGAAAGGGACGGUAGCGAGCAAACUAUGCCCUUCUCUCUGCCUGAAAGGAGGAGGGAGCGGCAGUGGAGGCUCAAAGUUAGCCUCUCCAUCACAGGCUCAGGUGGAUGCCUGCUUUAGUUGGCAUUAGUGCCCGGUGCCAAGAACUGCUGAACUCACUUCUGAACUGCUGAACACAUAGCCCAGUUUGAUAGAUGGUGGCCUAAAAGCAGUGCUCCUUAAAGAUCACCCUCAGCAGCCGCCUAAUUGGCCUUUGGGAAGCGCCGGCCCUGCUGCCUCCUCAGCUUCACCCGAUGGCUAAUGGGUUAUGUGAGGUUCCCCCCGCCCCCCCCUGUGCUGGAUCUGCUGCUCUGGCAUCACGGAGAUUCAGAAACCGGCAUGAAUUAGGCCUUGCCUAUAGGAAAGCAUUGAAUCCAUGCUUUCCUAUGGGGUUUUCAAGACAAGCUGGAUGUCCUUUGUGCAGAGUGAGGAUGCCAAGCAUAAUUUCAGAGUUAAACAACCAUAAACUGCAGGAAGUGCCUAUAGUGUCCCUAUUAUUCCCCUCCUAAAAAUCAUGUAUGAUGCUUUAAUGCUUCUUUUAAAUAAGAAUCACUUGUAAUGGAUAUGGUCUGAUACAUGCUGACAGAUUUGCAUAAAUACUGGGCUGAUGCAGUUAUAACUGCUAUAUAUGCAAUACCUCCAAACCUUUCAAAUGGAAAUAGGGACACUUGAUUAGGGGGUGGGGGUUGAACAGUGUCAGACUUAUUUAUUUUUUCACCCAGACAUCAAGCUCUCUGACAGAACACAGGUAUUCAGUGGCGGAACUAAUGUUUUUAGAGUAACUUGGUGCAAAGGCUUUUCUCUUUUGUUGCCCCCUCCAGCACAACAAUGGCCAAAAGGUAGAUCCCCCAUCAGUUGUACACCUCCAUCCCAACAUUUCAUUCGGGUUUCUUCAUCUGUUUAUACCCAUGAACAAAGACCGACCGCAAGGCCAAAACUUAUGGAACAAUUUUCGGCUACAGUCGGUCAAAACUUUAUUCUUCCAUAACUCCCGAACCCCUGGUCUGAUUUGAGUGAUUUUUGAGUAUGUUACUCACCCAGAUCAGGGCUACCGGGGAAGCCCUAUUUUGGAGUGUAUCCUAUGUAUUUGGGGUACAUCCAGGAACUGGGGAAAUAAUGUACAUGGAUUAAGUGGAUUAUGUGUCAUGCUGAGGGGAGAUGUGUGGGAGGUAACAUGUAUUUUAUUGGUUACUGUAAUAAUUACUGUGGGUGUCUCCCUUGCAUGGGAGAAUUGCUUAAAAGCAGGCAUGUGAAAUUAAACUUCAGUUCUGUUCCUAAUGCUGUGUGUCGUCCAGUCAUUGGGAAACGUGUGGGAUACUUUUGGAUUACUUUGCUAAUUGUGGAUAUUAUUCUCUUGGGUUUUAUUACUUGUUCCUGAGCCUUAUUUGGAUUACCAGCGGAGAUAGUCUGUGAAAGACUAGCACUCCGCUACAUCAAGAUAGUGAAGAUAAGGAAGUUAAACCUGACACCUCCAUCACGAUCCAUUCCAGCAACGUACUAAAAACUUCAAAAUAAUAAGAAAUCGAGCAACCCAUGGGAAGGCACAUAUAGAAAAAUCCCCUUGAAACUGACACCCCAACAAGUGAAAACAGGAAAAGUGAACUGGGAGCAACCGAAAGGCCAACUGAAUAUCAGAAUUAGCCAUCUGGGCCCUGCUUCCCGAACGAGAUCCAGUGCCAGAUCAAAAGAAGCGUAUCAGACCCGACUAUCCUUCGUAAUCCCGUUGUUAACUGAAGCCCCCUCUGGAAAGGACAGGUGAUGUGAAUCAGCCGAAACACCCCCGGUUCCUUCUUGGGAACGAGGCCCAGACACCUGCCUGGGAUACCGCACGAGCCACGGCAGCAGUCUUUCUGCCCGUACCGGGGUCCUCCCCCUGAGGAACGUCAUCCUUUGACGCGGUCCUGGGGAGGGGUUUUCAUCUCCUAAAACAAAGACCGCCGGGUGAGCCCCGCCACAGUGGGAACACAUGUUUAAAUCGACAACUGUUGUACCACCUGCAAUGACUCUCAUUGAAGAGCCACCAGGAGUGCCGGCGGCCGAAGGAAAGGACGAUGUGUAUGGACGACACUGGGUCAUUAGAAGCAACCAAAGAUUGCUAUCUUGCAUGCCAAAAUGCAUGUGCGGUCGCACCGCCAUCUUUUGCCUAAAUUGCUGGUCAUAUUUAAACCAGCAUUGACCCCCAUAAACUUUAUAAGCCCCCCAAAUUAAAUCUAAAUAAGAAAACGACAGGGCCCACUCUGGAAACCUCGUCGACAGAAUACUAGCAUAAGUUGCAAAUCCUUGCAACCAAUUACCAAAGGUACGGGGAGCUCCUUACCUUUUCCACUAUCCGUCGCCUCAACGCAUCGCGGUUUAUCAGCUGAUUCCCUAUCAAACGGGACUAACUAGAUGAGGUCCACUUACUCGCCCUUCAAGAUCUUCUCCCUCCCCUCCAGUGACACAUGCAUCCCCAGGGGGGCGAUGUCGCACACCGGCCCCCCUGCAGUGCCCCCCACUGUACCCAAGGGAGGGGUCCCUGUGGGAAGCAUAGCGUCCUGCGCGGCUAUGCCAACCUUCCCUAAGCGAUCUAAUAUUAAGCACAGCAAUUUUACAACUUCCCCUGUACUCCCUUGUUCUAGCCCAGAGACCCCCUCUGCCCCUAACCAAGCGCGUGAGCACUCCAACUCACGGUUCUGGAGCAGAAGUCUGUCAGUAUAGGUCCUGUGGCCAGCCUGCCAGCUGCCCCUCCAGGGGCUUGGCGGCUCACCCCCAUGGGAGCUCCAGAUCUUCUGGGGUGGAUGUGUAGAGGGGGAUCCUGCGUUCCUUCCUCCUCUCUGGCUGAUGAUUCACCUUCUUCUGGUCUCCUGGGGUUAUGAAUAUGAGGGGAAUCCGUUCCUCCGCUGGCCAUCUCCACUUUCGGGGGGCCAGCGGUGCUCCGUUUCGGAGUCCCCAGUUCCAUCUUCACCUGGACUUCCGGGUUCGGCAGUGGCCUGUGACGUCUGCACUCCCUGACCCGCAGAUGUCACGUACGCUCCACCUCUUCCCGCGUGCAGCCGUAUGCCCUGACGUCUCAUCCGCCGCAGCCGGAAAAGAAGGAUGAGGACUGCGCUACCUCACCUCUCCAGCAGCGCCAUCUUGGGAUCCUCCAUCUUGAUGGCCAGGCCCCGACUGGACCAUCAGACGCCUGGAACACCUCUUCCCGCUCCUUCUACUGGAACCCAGAUUCCUCUGCAGUGGGCCAGCCUCACUCUGCCCCGGACAGGUAGUAGCUGGUGGCACAGCCCUGGCUCUCCACACCGGACUGGGGGACAAUCGUGAUGGCGGCCUGAAACGGCGGGCACGACGUCCUCUGGUGGGCCCCAACCCCUCCGACGGGAGGGGGACCCUAAGGGUGGGGGGGGACUUAGAGACCCUAUAGUGCCAGGAAAACGAGUGGGGAUAUGUGAAAUGUCUGUGUGUUAUGUGUAAAUGUGACUUUAUGUAUUCUAAAGUGUUUUGUGUCUUUUUGCAACCAUGUGCUUAAUGGAGUCUUGUGUCUGUCCUGGGAGAUAAUUGAAUUACUUAUCUCCAGGAUAGAAGACUCUGAAACUGGUUUGGGCCAGAAAGCCAUGCUUCAUUUAGUCACAAAGGACUUUUACUAACUUUUGAACCCCUUGUCUGAUUUGUGCCAUUUUUGAAUAUGUUGUUCCCCUGAAUGGAUUGAUUGUGAAUAUGUAAUUUUUAUGUGAAUGUGAUGUAUAGUUUUAAAGUUAUGAAAGUUGGGUAGAAAGUAUGUUUUAACUGUAUGUGUAAUUGAGUUUCCUCUCAGGAUAAGGGGAGGGAAUAUGUGGGAUGUAACUGAUAUGUGAUUGGUUGUUUUGUAACGCCCUGUGGGCUGUACUAUGUUUGUGGAUUGGGAAUAAAAGAGACUGUAUGUGACAGUACAGGGAGUUCCUGCUUAACCCUCAAAGUGAAGUGUCGUCUCAUUAUUGGGGGAAGGAUUUAUUGUAUGCUGUUCCAGUUUGACUGCAAGGAGAGUAAACCUAUUCGUAUGGUUCCUAUUCAACUGUCUACAGCAUUCAUAUGCUUGAGAGAAGGUAUACGCUUCUCUGGUUCGGUGAUUGUGGUGUCUGCUGCAGUGCUUGGAGUCCUCAGGAAGCGCUAGGAGCAUCCUUCAACGGAGGUACCCAGUCGGGGUGCCAGGCGAUCCGUUACAGAGGGUUAUUUAAACUCAAACUAGAAUUUGGUCAGUGCCCUGUCAUGGUUUCCACUAGAUGGUUGUCAGAGCGUUCUAGUUCUUUUUGGUCUUUGGCUUGUAUUUUGACUUUUUUUUUUUUUCUGGUAAUCUUGACCGUUUGGCUUGCUUCCUCGUUGUCUGUCCCUGACCUCAGCUAGUAUUUUGACCAUUCUUAUUUACGUUAAGUCCGGCCAUUCUAAGGCUCAGUAUAUGUUGUCCUUGUUCAUGGUGUUACAUAGUUCUGCAUGUUGGGUCAUUUAGUAAUGGUGAAACCAAUGUCCAUGGGUCACCCGAUUGGGGGACCCCCAGCAUGCGGGCCCUAGUGCAGCUGCACUGGCAUUCCUGACACUAGUCUGGUCAACCAGGAUGUAAAGAUGGGGCUUUUAACAGAGUGCGUGCCCAUAAGACUACUCUGCCUAACGGAAAAUUCAGCACUGGGCAUAUAAUAGGUGUGUACAUAUGUAAAUUGUCUUGUGUAGGGGUGGUCGUUGGGGAAAUGUACUUAGAUCCAGCUAUCUUGUGGAUCCUGCAUCAAUUCAGUAUCCUCAAUACAAAUUUCAGACAAACGCAUCAAUCUUUUCAUAACACCAAGGUUCUUGCUUCAGUAUAACCAGUCGCAUAAAUUCCACCAUAGAACGAGGGCCACUGCUCCAAUGUAGACACUGCUGUGUCCAUUCUCAAAACACUGCUGCGUCUGUUUGACCGCAUUAUGAAUAAGUUGUGGUUGCAGAGCAUGAGGACAACCAGCGUUUGUUACCGGACCAAAGUUCUGUUAACAUCCAAGAAGCACCUCCAGUGGCUGUCUAGUAGACAACCACUGCAGGCAGACUUAGUGCUGCAAUGUAAACAUUGCAGUUUUUCACAUUGCACUAAGUGCAAUAGGGACACUGUACACAGACCACUUCAAUGAGCUGAAGUGGUCUGUGUGCCUAUAAUGUCCCUUUUAGAAAUACAAUCCUUAUUCAUCAAUACCAAUUUCCAGCUGAAUACAUCAACAUUCUACAAUAGUGCCACCAUAUAGAGAUUCAACAUACAACUCAUAACCCCAAUCUAAUAAUGUAUAUCCAAUAAAACCACUUUACAUGUGCAGUUAGUGUAGCAACUAACAUACAGCUAAUACUGUAUUGCAAAUACCAAAUACUUAAAAAAUCUACCUUAAUCAUGUGACAGUGUUUGAUGUGAGCCCAAGGCCACAUGCAGAAAGUGCAAAGUAGGAGCACAUAGAACAUGAACGUAAAGUGCUAAAUGCAAGGACAUAAAAUGUGCAAAUACAAAAUGAACACACAAAUCCUGUGCAAAAAUACACGAGGCAUAUAAAGUGCAAAAUGUGAACUUGCAAUGAACAUCUGACCAUACUUAAGCCUUGUUAUCUUCUAAAUAUUUGAUUUUUCUCCCUUGCGGUGUGGCAUUAGAUGUUUCAUAGACGGAAAAGAUGCUUCUUCUGCUUUCCAAAGCCGUCCUUCACCAGGUUCCAUCAGACUGACCAUUGAAGCCCUACGCUUUAUUGAUUUAGACACAGAUGUGAGUUUGUGUGGUUGUCUUUGGUUAUAUUUCCACAUUUUAUGUUUAAAGGGACAUGUCUAAAUUGUUAUGGUGCCUGGAGGCACUCUUACCUCAAGGGAUUAACCCCUUAACGACGUUACGGCGUUCUAUGCCUUCCCGCAUUAAAAGGGCUUUAAAGCCGUAACGGCGGCAUAGAACGCCGUAACGGCUUUCUAUCCCUGGAGGUCCGGUGGACUUGCCUCCGCCACGAUCCUCUUCUGGAGGGCUGAAAUGUCAGUCCCCCUGCUGGUGGGAAGUAUAAAAAAGCAUAUUCUGUGUGUGUAUAUGUAUAUGUGUGUGUGUGUAAUGUCAUACAAAGUGUAUUUUAAUAUAAGUACAUAUAUUAGUAUUAAAAUACACUUGACGUUACGUGUGUGUAUAUAUAUGAAACAAGGGGGGGUUGGCUGCACUCACCUGAACAUGCAUAAAUGGGGGUGCUGCUGGGGGCCAAGUGCGUGUAUGUAUAUAUUACACAUAUAUUAUAUAUUUACAAUAAUAUAAAUUUAUUGAAACAAAAUUUUAUAUAAACUAUAUAUUCAUAUGUAAUUUCAUUCUAACUGUAUUGUUAAUAUAUAUAUAUUAUCAAAAUACACUUAGAAUGAAAUUCUAUAUAUAAAAUACAAAUAACCGCAAAUAUAUAGAUACAUAUAACUACAUUAGUAUACACGUAAAAUUUAAAUACCUAUAAAUGCAUAUAUAUUAAAAUUCUACAUGUAUAUUUAAGUAAUCUUUUAACAUAAUGUGAUUUGAUUAAUUAAAAUUUGAUUGACAUGCCUGACAACACAGGGAGAGUGCAGAGAAUUUAACUCGCAAGCACUAUAUUUGACCCUGUAACUCUCAGACACCAUAAAACCUGUACAUAGGGGGUACAGUUUUACUCGGUAGACUUCGCUGAACUCCAAUACUAGUGUUUCAAACCGGUAAAUUGUAUUCCAACGAUGAUAUUUUACGGAAAAGGGACUUUUUUGCGUUUUCUACAAACUAACGGCACUUUUAUGGACUAUAUUAUUGUUGUAAUAUGUUUUACUGUUUUAAAACUCUAAUAUUUGUGUUUAGUGAAGUCUCCUGAGAAUAACCGUACCCCCCCAUGUACAGGUUUUAUGGUGUUUUGGAAAGUUAGAGAGUCACAUAUGGUUUGCAUUUCAUUUUUUUUUACAUUGAAAUUUGCCAGAUUGGAUAUGUUGCCUUUGAGAGCGUAUGGUAGCCCAGGAAUGAGAAUUACCCCCAUGAUGACAUACCAUUUGCAAAAGUAGACAACCCAAGGUAUUGCAAGUGGGGUAUGUCCAGUCUUUUUUUAGUAGCCACUUAGUCACAAACACUGUCCAAAUAUUAUUUUUUUCACACAAACCAAUAUGAACGCUAACUUUGGCCAGUGUUUGUGACGAAGUGGCUACUAAAAAAGACUAAACAUACUCCACUUUCAAUACCUUGGGUUGUCUACUUUUUCAAAUGGUAUGCCAUUAUGGGGGUAAUUCUCAUUCCUGGGCUACCACACUGUCUCAAAGGUAACAUUACUAAUCUGGCAAAUUUCAAUUUGAAAAUGGAACCUUCUAUAUUUGACCCUGUAACUUUCCAAAACACCAUAAAACCAGUUAAAGGGGGUACUGUUGUACUCGUGAGACAUCGCUGAUUACAAACGUGCAUUUUUUUGCAGUAAAACCGAACAGUAUUAUGACAUUCACAGCUAAAAUGUCAGAGGGAAAUACAAAUUUAAAAGAAACUUUUUUUUUUUUUCUCACAUUUUUAACUUUUAUUCAUAAUAAAUUAUGUUCCAUAUAUGAAUAGUUAAAGGGACACUAUAGUCACCUGAACAACUUCAGCUUAAUGAAGCAGUUUUGGUGAAUAGAACAUGCCCCUGCAGCCUCACUGCGCAAUCCUCUGCCAUUUAGGAGUUAAAUCCCUUUGUUUAUGAACCCUAGUCACACCUCCCUGCAUGUGACUUGCACAGCCUUCCAUAAACACUUCCUGUAAAGAGAGCCCUAUUUAGGCUUUCUUUAUUGCAAGUUCUGUUUAAUUCAGAUUUUCUUAUCCCCUGCUAUGUUAAUAGCUUGGUAGACCCUGCUAGAGCCUCCUGUAUGUGAUUAAAGUUCAAUUUAGAGAUUGAGAUACAAUUAUUUAAGUUAAAUUACAUCUGUUUGAAAGUGAAACCAGUUUUUGUUUUCAUGCAGGCUCUGUCAAUCAUAGCCAGGGGAGGUGUGGCUAGGGCUGCAUAAACAGAAACAAAGUGAUUUAACUCCUAAAUGACAGUGAAUUGAGCAGUGAAAUCGCAGGGGAAUGAUCUAUACACUAAAACUGCUUUAUUUAGCUAAAGUAAUUUAGGUGCCUAUAGUGUUCCUUUAAUGAUAAAUUAAAGCCCUGUUUCUCCUGAACAAAAUUCUGUAUAAUUAGUGUGGGUGCACUUAAUAUGACAGCAGUGAAUUACGGUUGAACAGACAUUUAGCGCAAAUUCCAGUUUUUGUUUACGUUUGGUUUUGAUCAGAAUGUGCACUAUGGACUCCGUCCUGAAGGGGUUAAACUGUUCUCAAACAAAUGAACCCUUAAAUUGCCUCCAGCUUGCAAAUAAACAUGCCUAUUGCAGGCCAGUUUAGUGAAUGGGGAGUUACUGAUUGGCUGAGAGCAUCAGCUGACUCACAGCCAAUCAGCGGCGUUCCUGCCCAGUGGAAAUCCACACUUCCUGUAAGUGAAAAUUCAGAAGCCAGAUGCUACUUGGGGAGCAGUGGGCAUUACCGCUGGAGGCAACUUAAGGGUUAAUCUGUUCAAGAAUGGUUUAUUCACGUGAGGCGAGAGUGCCUCCAGGAGCCUCCUGGCACCAUAACUUAAUUUAAGUUGUUUUGUUGCCUGGAGUAUCCCUUUAGGUUAAAGUAUAGUGAAUCAAGGUUUCCUUAAACUUAUUUUCUCUUUGCAGAUUUUCCUACAUUUCCAGGUUAUGGUGUGGGACCCUAAACUUCAGAAUGAUGCUACAAGGAAGGCAUGUUCAUAUCGCAUGGACACCAACCGGUGGGUGAUUGAACCAUUUUAUAAUUGUAGCCAUGCAACUUGUUCUACUUGCAUCUAUUAAGACCUGGUGUGUGGGAAUGUUCCUUUAAAAAAAAAAAAGCACCUGGAUAUGUCACAGGAAUCCCAAGUUUAGUUUGCAAGGAUUCAUGCAAGAGUUAAUUUAGGGGAAAAAGCUGGAGGUCUAAAAUGUAAACAUUCUUAAUUGCUGGCUGUAACUGUAUAUAUUAAUCUGCUCAGGUGGGAGCUUUUGGAUAAUCCUGCCCUCAGUUCACUCUGCGACUGCUGUGAGUCUGUCUGCACAAUUUCUCUUAGAAAGAAAAGAAAUAUCAAUGGUAAGAAAUACCCAAAAGUAUUCUUGAUAUUAAAUGCCUGGACUUGUAUACCUUGAAUGCACAAUGACUUCAAAGGCAGGACCCUGACUUGUGCUCUGUGUAUGUAGCAGAUGUACUAGAUUAAUUGCUGCCUCCUUGUUUAGGUGUUGAGGAGGAAGAGAAAGGCCUGGUUCACACAAUGGUUCUUGGACCCUUUAGAGUUGGGGGGCAGGACUGGAACGGGAAUGAAUCCAAAACAGUCUCUUCAAAACCAGGUAACAAACGCUAAAAUGUGUGUGUGUUGGCGGGGGGAGGGGGUUGUGCUUUUAUUUUAUUUAUUUUUAGUGGGUUGGUAGCAGAUUAAAGAUGUAAUCCCUGACCUGAAGAGAAUGUAAAUUAUUUGAGUAAUUGGAAAAAAAGCAGGAGUUUGCAAUUGAUAUGUGAUCACAUGGCCCCCUAUAACUGGCUGUGGAUCUGCCAGCAGGAGGACUGUCUGAAAUGUCAGUCCCCCUGCUGAUGGGAAGUAUAAAAAAGCGUAUGUAUGUAUAUUAAAAUACACUUUACGUUACAUAUGUGUGGUUGGCUGCACUCACUUGAACAUGCAUAAAUGGGGGUGCUGCUGGGGGCUGUGUGUGUAUGUAUAUAUUACACAUAUAUUAUAUAUUUACUUAUAAUUACAAUAAUAAAUAUACACCAAUAUAUUACUAAAUGGUUAAAAGACAAAAAAGCUGAUUUAAGUACGCGGUGCAGCAACUAAACCGCUACAAGUCACAAAGAGAAUUGAAAUAAAUAGUGCACAUAAUGGAUAGGCGACUCUAAUGUGUUGAAUGUGAAAAUGAGCAGCGUAUAUUACUGAGACGCUAGUAGAAAUAUGUCAGUUAAACACAUGGUGCGUCAACGGUAUCAGGAGUAGAAGGGGUACUUUUCGGCACCUAUCUAGGUAGUCUCUGUGUAUUUUAAUAUACAGCCGGACCUGUAUAGGGUGUUAUAUGCUAUAUUCACUUUAUAUUUACAUUCUUAUUAUUGUCCACCUGUACCCGUCUAGUCUGUCCAAUUUCUUUAGGGCAGCAUUGGUCUUCUAUUUCCCUCUGAACAUCAAUAUGGUUUGCUUUCAUAUACUGCCAUGAUGAUCGGACAGUGCUAUUAACCACUCUCAAUUUAUCGGACAUAUUUUAUUGGCAUAUAUACAAAAGUUAGAACUACUCUUUAUCUUUCUAGGUUAUUUUACAUUUUCAAACUCAUCUUUUUCCCCCCCUCUUUGUUUUUCGAACUCUAUCAACUACCCUCCCUGUACCCUAUCACAAUGUACCUGACAGGGUUAAUUAAUUAUACACACAUCAUAGGCUAUCGUCAUACUUACUGGCAAUCCUCAUUGGCCAAACCGAAUCAGCUGUCUUUUUCAAAUUCUCCCUAUCAGCUUCAUCCAUGACCUUUAAAUAGCUGAUACUCACCACACAUCGGCUCCCCUCUGAGUUGUGGGCGAAACGCUCGCGUCAGGGGACUCCGGUGAUGCAUUGUAACAACUCUUAGUGUGGUCUCUCAAUCGGCAUCACCACACUCCUACAUGAAUCCCGAGUAUCAUUCCUGUUAGGACUGGAGCAGACUCAUGUGACCAAACUUAGAAAGCAUUAACUAUGACUCAUUUUUCAUUCAAUAUUUUAUCAUCAUUCUCUAGCUUUCUCUCAACCUGCUUUUUUUGUCUUUAGCAGUUUGUGUGAGUCACUCUAAUGAUUUAGGCUCCACUAUUUAUGUGCACUACUAGCUACAAUUGUAUUAGUUAGUUAUUUAUUCAAAUUACCACAUUGUGCUUGCUAGUUAUUAUGAUAUAGUCUCUAUUGCAACUUUGUUUUGUUGCAAGGGACAUACAUUAGAGGUAACCUGAAAACUUCUGAACAGGUCCUCUAUGUAGCAAUAUCCAUCCCCUUUUGCUAAUGUUUGCUACUCGUGUGUUAAUCCGGUGAUAUUGGGCUGGCGUAGACGCACGGGAUCUAAAUUUUUAUAUUCGUACCCCUUCUACUCCUGAUACCGUUGACGCACCAUGUGUUUAACUGACAUAUUUCUACUAGCGUCUCAGUAAUAUACGCUGCUCAUUUUCACAUUCAACACAUUAGAGUCGCCUAUACAUUAUGUGCACUAUUUCAAUUCUCUUUGUGACUUGUAGCGGUUUAGUUGCUGCACCGCGUACUUAAUCAGCUUUUUUGUCUUUUAACCAUUUAGUAAUAUAUAUUGGUGUAUGUAUUCUCGACUCUUAGACUUUAGAUAUACACCCAUAUAUUUAGUACCUUGUUUUCUUCCCCCCCUUUCCUUUCUUUUUACAUUUAUAUGAAUAAAAGCAAAUUUUUAAAUUUAUUAAAUUUAGAGCACUCUAAGUCUCUUUCCUUUUCUGCUCACUACCUAGGUAGUUUACCAUGGGUUAACCCCAUUUUUGAGUGCUCUCUGAGCUUCCACGCUUUCUCUCUUUUUUCCAAUAAUAAAUAUAAAUUUAUUGAAACAAAAUUUUAUAUAAACUAUAUAUUCAUAUGUAAUUUCAUUCUAACUGUAAUUUGUUAUUAAUAUAUAUACAAAAUACACUAAGAAUGAAAUUCUAUAUAUAAAAUACAAAUAACGCAAAUAUAUAGAUACAUAUAAUUACAUUAGUAUACACGUAGAAUUUAAAUACCUAUAAAUGCAUAUAUAUUAAAAUUCUACAUGUAUAUUGAAGUAAUCUUUUUAGCAAAUGCUAAAAUGUGUAUGUGGUUUGUGCUUUUAUUUUUUUAAGUGGUUUGGUAGCAGAUUAAAGAUGUAAUCCCUGACCUGAAGAGAAUGUAAAUUAUUUGAGUAAUUGGAUAAAAAGCAGGAGUUUGCAAUUGAUAUGUGAAAGCCCUUGCCAUGAAAUAUUGGUAACUGUACAUGGGUCACUACGUGACUGCAUAAAACAAAUUUCCUGUAUUAGAAAAUCUGAAAAGAUACUUUCCAUAGGUAGGAUCUAGUAACCCCUUAAGUACUGAUGCAAUAGACAAAGUUCUGAACCAAAUCAAUGGUUUCCUUUUGGGGUAAUCGCUAGUGCUGGAUGUCCUAAUGCAGAGCGUGGGCCCAUCCAUUGUCUAUUACCAGACCAAAAGUUAACAUCCAGGAAGCGCCUCCAGUGGCUGUCUGGUAGUGUGUUUUUUUUUUUUUGUUUUUUUUUUUAACGUUGCAGCACUAAGUGCUAUAGGGACACUGUACCCAGACCACUUCAGCUGAUUGAAGUGGUCUGGGUGUCUAUAGUGUUCCUUUAACAAUAAGGAAACACUCUGCUCAUGUCUUUACGGAGAUAAGCAGAUGGAUUUUCUAGUUAAAACAGAGCAGUAUGUUGCCACGAUCUACUGCUGUCUUAUGUAUGCCUGUUACUAUGGUGCUGUGCAACCGGCAAACCAUGCAUACCUGUAAUCCGUAAAUGUAGCCCUAGUGAAGAGUGGAGCCACAGGUACUCCCUGAUGUGAGGAAGUAUGAAUACUUCACAAAAACGUUAGAACUUGUCAAUUCCUGUGAAGAGCAUUAAAGCCCCACGUUGUUAGGAAGUACUGACAUAUCCUAAUGUCAAUACAUAGCUGUAUUCCUGGCAGUAUCGCUCCCCCUCACAGGUAAAUCAAGGGUUAAAAACCUCCAUCCCAUGAUGAGUGGGCUCUUAUGCACAUGCAGAGCGUGAUGUCCAGCGUCUGGUAGACAGCCACCAGAGGGUGACUUAUUGCUGUUUCUCUGGAACUGCGAUGUUUAACAUUGCAGCACUAAGUGCAAUAGGGACAUUGCACUCAAACUGGUUCAAUGUGCUGAAGUGGUCUGGGUGCCUACAGUGUCCCUUUAAGUGGUUAGUGUAAACUUAUCUGUAGCAGUUAGUCCCAUGUCUAUAAUUCAUGCAGUACACUUUCUUACAUGUGAAGUACACUGGUAUAAAUGUGACCAUUUUGGAUUGUAUGUGAUAUAACUUGUCUUUCCACAGACUUUCCCAUCCCCCCUGCUGUUGGCGCUCUCUUCCUGGAAGUUGCUGUCCUGUUGGUGCUGGCUGUAGGUAUUGCUGUGUACAGCCGUAGGAGAUCAAACUGGCAAGAGAUUGAGGAAGACCCUCUUGUAGCAACUGAGAAUUCUGAACCUGGAAUGAAGUAAUGCACUUAAUAAAAACAUUCUAAUUACAAACUUGUAUUUAGUUAUAUAUUUUUUUAAAACAGACCCUUUCUGUGCUGUAAGACUAUGAGCAUUACAGAACAUCAUACAGUAUUUUAGAAAUGUUCAGAAAUGUUUUUGGUUUCUGUUAAUGAAUUGCAGUCAACAAAUCUAAGCUGUCUUCCAGCCAAAUGAAGCAUUCCCACUGAUACACAAUGCUUAGAAUUGUCUCCUGAUUUAUGAUACGACAAUAAAACUGUAAACUUGCUAAAUGUAAUGAGCCAGUUAACUAGAUCCACUUAAAACCAUUUAG